CACUUUAGCAGGCGAACAAGUCUACAGUUGUGUUCUGGUGCUCUGACAUUCCUCACGUCAUCAUGAUACUCGUAGUCGGUCUAUUGUGCAUUGCAGCGGCUGUUGCUGCUAUUGGAUUUUUUGUGGUUAUUCCAUUGGUGCUUGCAACUGGUCCGCUCAUCUUCGGGAUCGUUUGGCUGUGGCAGCGGCAUCACUUCCAUCACUGGCUACGUCUUGGUGUCCCCUACAUUCGGGCCACGCCCUUUGUGGGGAAUGUCUGGAAACUAUUGCGCGGCAGCUGCUGCUUCGGCGAUCAGUUCCGACUGUUGUAUGAGAGUAAGGAAGCUGCUGGCCACGCCUACGUGGGCAUACAUGUGCUUCAUAACCAUGCCUUACUCCUGCGAGAUCCGGCUCUGAUUAAACGAAUACUUGCGGAUGAUUUUUCCCAGUUCUCGAGCCGUUUCGAGACCACAGACCCCAUUGGGGACACGAUGGGGGCCCAAAAUCUGUUCUUUUCCAAGCACGAGACUUGGCGGGAGACGCACAAGAUCUUUGCGCCUUUCUUUGCGGUGAGUAAGGUGCGUCAGAUGUACGGUCUGCUGGAGCACAUUGGCCAGCAACUGGAGGAACACAUGGAGGGGCAGCUGAAUGGAAAAUCUGAAAUGGAGCUGGAGGUCAAGCAGCUGUGUGCUCUCUUCACCACAGACAUCAUAGCCUCGCUGGCCUUUGGUCUAGAGGCGCACAGUCUGCAGAAACCCGACGCAGAGUUUCGUCGCAUGUGCGUCGAGGUCAACGACCCGCGGCCCAAGCGGCUGCUCCAUCUCUUCACAAUGUUCUUCUUCCCGCGAUUGUCGCGUCUGGUUCGCACUCAUCUCUACUCCGCUGAGUACGAGCGCUUCAUGCGCCAGUCCAUGGACUUUGUACUGGCCCAACGCGAGAAGAGUGGCGAAAAACGUCACGAUCUGAUCGACAUAUUUCUGCAGUUGAAGCGUACCGAGCCCCCAACGAGCAUUAUCCAUCGGCCCGACUUCUUUGUCGCCCAGGCUUCGUUUCUGCUGCUGGCUGGCUUCGAUACCUCCUCAUCUACGAUAACCUUUGCGCUGUACGAGCUGGCCAAGGCGCCAGCCAUUCAGAAACGACUGAGGCAGGAACUCAGUGAUGCCCUCAGGGCCAACCGGCAUCAGCCUCUGGACUUUGAUUCGGUGAAUGGUUUAUCCUACCUCCGCCAGGUGGUAGAUGAAGUGCUUCGGCUGUAUCCUCCCACUGCAUUCUUGGACCGUUGCUGCAAUGACGAAAACGGUUAUGAUCUGUCCUCAUGGAACUGUGGCAGAGCUUUAAAAUUACCUGCAGGCGCACCUGUAUAUAUCUCCGUGCUGGGACUCCAUCGGGAUCCAGUGCACUGGCCCAAUCCGAACAAAUUUGACCCCGAACGCUUCUCACCGGAGCAACGCCAGCAGCACCAUCCAAUGACGUAUUUGCCCUUUGGUGCCGGUCCUAGGGGCUGCAUUGGCACCCUCCUGGGGCAUCUGGAGAUCAAAGUGGGACUCCUGCACAUCCUCAAGAACUUUCGGGUGGAGCAGUGCAAGAGGACACUGCCGGAGAUGGUGUUCGAUCCAAAGGCUUUCGUCCUAACUGCAAAAGGGGGAACCUAUCUGCGUUUUGUGAAGGAUGCUCUUUGAAUUUAUGUGAAUAAACAUAAAGCAAAUAUUGA